CGUGUGCUGCUGGCUCAGGCAACGGGAGUGGCUUUCCCUCAACAAGGAACACCACCGGAGGAGUUUUCUCUGACAUCAACCCCCCGACGUUCACCAACAACCACUCCCACCACUGGAGCUCCCACUGCACUCGUGACCAUGGCCGAGUCUGUCGAGGUGCUGGAGGCCAAGGCAGCGCUGCGGCAGUUGCAGGAAGUGUUCUCUGCCUACAAGAAGGAGCGUCUGGAAAGCGAUAAGGCGAUGAACGAGCAGAAUGAAAAGCUGCAGGAGCAGCUCUCUGACCUCCGCUCUCAAAAUGCCAAAACAUCAACUCAGCUAGAGUUUGCAUCAAAGAGGUAUGAGAUGCUGCAGGAUAACGUUGAGGGCUACAGGAAAGAAAUCGCCUCACUUAGAGAGAAAGAACAGAAAACGGCCGCCGCCACACAGAAACUUGAGCAGAGUGUCCACACGCUAAAUGAAGAUCUGAAAGCUGCAAAGGAGAAACUUACCUUGACUGAGGGUCAGGCUGAGAAGCUGCGCAAGGAGAGAGACAUGCUGAAGCUGGUGGAGUCCAGGCUGAACCAGGAGAAAGAGACGUUUGUGAGCCAACAGCAGAACCAGAACCUGCUGCUGACCAAUCUCCAGACCAUACAGGCCACUCUGGAGCGUUCUGAGGCCGACGCACGUCAGCGUCUCAACGGCCAGAUCGAAAAGCAGGAACUGCAAAUCUCCCAGCUUCAGAAGAAGCUGGAGCAGGAAGUGGAACAGCGCCAUCUGUGCAGCAGGAACCAAGAAAUCCAACUAAUGGACGUCAAGAGGCAGCUGGAGACGCAGGUGGCCUUACAUCAGAAAACCAAAGAGCUGCUGAAUGGGGCCGAGUUGGAGCUCAACACCCUGAGGAUGCAGCAAGGCCGCCCCGAGGCACGCCACACCCUGGGCUCUCCACCCACACCCGUCUUCAGAGGCCUGCAGGGUUCAGAUCAAGAGAGGGAGGAGCUCCAGGGCCGCCUGCAGCUGGCUGAAACCCGGGCAGAGGAACUGGCAGAGAGCCUGAGGGCCGCCACCUCCAGCAUGGAGCAGUACAGAGCCAUGGCUCAAAGCUUGGAGGAGUCCCUGGAGACAGAGAAGCAGGUAACGGAGCAGGCUCGCCUGUCAGUGGAGGCUUCUUUGAAGGAAGCUCAGGAGCGACACCGGACGCUGGAAGAGAAACUCCAGGAAGCAGAGAAGGAAAAGCAGGACUUGGAGGAGAGCAAGAGAAAAGACCUGGCAUCUCUAGAGGAGCAGAUUAAUGACCUGAAGAGAAGCCUGAGCGAUGCGCAGACAGAUCACCAGGCUGUGCUGCAGCAGCUGGAAGUAGUUGAAGCCCACAAGCAGCAGGCUCUGCAGGACCAACAGGAGCAGGCUAAGCUGGCCGCUGAAGCUCAAGAUAAAUACGAGCGGGAGAUGAUGCUGCAUGCAGCCGACGUGGAAGCCCUGCAAGCCACCAAGGCUCAGGCCCUGCAGGCCGCCGAGCUCAGAAACCAGCUGGAAGAGAAAGUCCAGAGAGUCAGCGCUGAGCUGCUGGAGGCCAGAGUCUCCUGGGAGGUGCAGGAAAAGAUCCUCAAGGAGGAAACAUCUAAGAUGGAAAGUCGCUAUGAGGAGCUGCAGAGGCAGAACACCCUCCUGCAUGAGCAGGUCCAAACCAUGAGCACCAAGAUGGCUGCCAAUAUUCAGCGUGCCGCCAAUGAGAGCUCGCUGAACGUUUCUUUGAGUGAAGAGGGAAAAUCUCAAGACCAGCUGCUUGAGAUUCUCAGUUUUGUUCGUCGGGAAAAGGAGAUGGCUGAAUCCCGGUUUGAGGUGGCGCAAGGGGAGAGCUUACGUCACCGUCUGAGAGUUGAACACUUGGAACGAGAACUUAGGGAGGUGCAAGACAGUCUGACUGCUGCAAGGGAGAGAAUGCAGGUGACUGCAAAGACUCUGGCCCAGCAUGAUGAGCUGAUGAAGAAGACUGAAACCAUGAAUAUCUUAGUGGAGACCAACAAGAUGCUGAGAGAGGAGAAAACCAAAAUGGAGCAGGAACUGCAGCAAACUCAAGCUAAGGUGCAAAAGAUGGAGUCGGACGUCUUUCCUCUGCAGCAAAGCAACUCUGAGCUGAGUGAGAAAAACGGCAUGCUGCAGGCGGAGAAGGCGAUCCUGGAGGAGGACAUAAAGCGCUGGAAGGCUCGAACUCAGAAUUUGCUGAGUCAGCAAAAAGAUUCGGACCCUGACGAGUACAAACGUCUCAACACCGAGAAAGAGCUACAUCUGAAACGCAUCCAGCAGCUCACGGAGGAAAACUCUCGACUUAAAGCCGAGUUGAACAAGUUAAAUAACAUGACAACGUCACUCCAGGGACAAAUGCAGAACCUGCGUGAAGGUAUGAGUAAAGCAAACGAUGACAGAACUGUGCUGAGGAAUGACCUGGAGACUAAAAACCAGGAAAUCCAAGAAAAGGUGCGAACCAUCACCCAGGUGAAGAAAAUCGGGCGACGCUACAAGAUGCAAUAUGAUGAACUAAAGGUGCAACAUGACAUGCUCGUUGCUGAGGCCGCUGCAGGCCCAUCCCAAGACGUCGAGGCACAUCAGGCUUCAGCUCAAGAGCUGCAGAGCGUAAAAGAUUCCCUGAAUCAGGCAGAGACCAGAACCAAAGAACUGGAGGGACAGCUGGAGAACACCAACAAGGUGGUCACAGAGCGGGAGACUGAGCUGCGUAACGUCCAGGAACAGUCGUCCAGGAUGCAGACAGAGCUGAACCGCCUGAGGCAGGAGCUGCAGGAGAAAACGACGCAGGAGGAAAAUCUGAGACAGCAGAUGGCCGAAAAGGACGAGAAAACACGAAAGGCGCUUCUGGUUGCCAGACAGAAGAUCAGCCAUGUCACCGCCACCAAAGAGCAGCUGCAGCGCGAGAACGAGGAGCUGAAGCAGCAGCGUGAGGAGCUGGAGGUGCGAGUGAGCGCUCUCAGGUCUAAUUAUGAGGGCCGUCUCAGCCGACAGGAGCGGGAGCUCAGAGACCUGAGGGGUCAGCAGGAGAGACAGGAGCAGAGAGACGAGCCCCCCGAGGCGGGGCCAAGCAAGACUCAAGAGCAACAAAGGACGACAGAACAGAGGCAGAUCAGUCUGAAGACGACCCCAGCUGCAGACAGGGGCAGCACAAGCGCCUCUGAGCCGCCGACCGCCAACAUUAAGCCGACACCUGUGGUUGCCACGGCCAGCAAGCAACCGGUCAACCCCGGCAACAAACCGACACCCCGGGCAAGCAUCAGACCGAUGAUAACGCCCGUGCCGCCGCCAACACCCACCGCCACAGUCAUGCCCACCACACAGGUGGAGACGCAGGAAGCCAUGCAGUCUACCGAAGCGCCGCCGGUGGAGCAUGUGACCGUGUACGGAAACGCCAGCGGCUCCGUUCGCUCCGCCAGUCCCAACGUCCAGACCACCUUGGCGGGCUCCAUGCUGACCGUUCAGCAGACGCAGACUCAGGCCACGGCGUUCGUUCAGCCGACGCAGCAGCAGAGCGUCACCCACCCAGAGCCGGACAAUCGGGAGCCGUCGCCUGUUACGAUCGAGGCCACGCCCAGUUCGCAGGUGGAAUGGCCUUCAACAUCCUCCUCCUCUUCCUCAUCUGUGUUCGGCACUGUUUCAGCGACACCUGGGACGUUGGCCAUGUCCAAGAGACCUCGAGAGGAAGAGGAGAGCAGCGCUGCUGCGUUCACUGAGGUGGAGGCGACCCAGGAGGAACCCAGAGCUCCAGUGGCCAAAAAGCUGCGCAUCAUCCAGAGGGUGGGACCAGAGGAGGAAGCGAUGGCUGACGAGAGUGCAGAGGCCGAGGGCGUGGUGCCAUCAGAGGAUGGAGCAGAACCAAGCCAGACAGAGUUUUCAAACCUCGAGGAAGCGGAGGAAGAUUCAGCCUCUCAGUCGGUCCCAGCAGAGCCGGCGAUCACCCCAAGUCAGAGCGAAACGCCUGACCACCUGCAGCAGGAAGUCAUCGUCAUACUGACGGACUCUGAAAGCGAAGAGGAGGAGGAGGAAGAGGGAGAAGAGCAGGACUAUGCAGAGGAGGAGGAGGAAGACGAGGAAGAAGAAGAGGAAGAGGAAGAAGACGAAGAAGAUGAGGAUGACGAUGAUGGGGGGAUGGAGGAGGAAGGAGAGGAGAGCAACGAAGGAAGCGGUGAUGGCAACGAAGUUUAUGAAGGAGACGAGACAGAGGGAGCUGAUGUCACCGACCCGGGCACUGAGACAGAGGAGAGCUUAGGGGCGUCAGACUCCACCCAGAGGCCCGCCGAUUCCCAGACACCAAGCUUUGAGGGAAGCCCAAUGGAGGCCUUGUCAACAGAACAGCCAAUCACAAGUUCCGGAGCGCGUAUGCCCCAGUCGCCGCGGCGACCCGUGCAGCAGCUUCUGCCCCAACUCAACAUCCAUCCCGCUCAGUCUUCAGAACUGGGACCAUCUGCUCAGCGAAUCCGUCGCCAGUCAGUGGGCCGACUCAAUCCUGGCAUGGCAAGCAGUGCGCAGCAUUUCUUUGAAGAAGACGACAGGAUGGUUCCCAGCAUUCCCAGUCUGGUUCCCCCUCGCUCAGAAGGCUUUGACCAGGCUAUCCAUUCUCCUCAGGUUGCUGGAGUCCCUCGCUUCAGGUUUGGUCUUUCAGAAGACGUGCCUCAGACCAACUCCUCCUCUCACUCUGACCUCGGCCAGCUCGCCUCGCAAGGAGGUCUUGGGAUGUAUGAAAGUCCUCUGUUCUUGGCGACUCAUGAGGAAGAGUCGGGAGGCCGCAGCGUUCCCACCACUCCACUGCAAGCUGCAGCUCCAGUAACUGUCUUCUCGGAGGCUGCACAGUCUGACACGACGGAGCACGCCUCGCAGUCGGUUCCCAUGGUGAGCACGUCCACGCCGGGCCUGGUGCUGCCAGGAACCGCCGGGGCCGGGGAGCAGAGAGAGAUCUUCCUGGAGCCAGACACGGAGAGGCCCAGUGCUGAAGCGUCUCUGGAUGCUGUGGUGUCGCAGGGAGACGCGGAGGAGCCGAGCCAGCCAUCUGACAAGGCCAACCUUCCCUCCACCAGCCAGGAGCCUUCCUCCAGCUCUGCAGAUACAGUCCCUAAACCCGCUCAUCACGGACAUUCCAGACAGCUGCAGCGCUUUCAUGACAGCCGUGGAGGUCGGAUGAAGAGAGGAGGUCAAACCUUCCCUCCCCGCGGCUUACAUGGGAGACGAUUUCUGAGAUGAAGCACUAAUCAGUACUAACUCCUAAAUGUAGGCAACACCAUUCAA